AUGGACGUCUCUGUUCUACCCAACAACAAUCACCCUGAUAAGUUCCUCCAGUUGGAUGUGGAGACCCUGAGGGCCACAUAUGGCAUGUUCCAGGUCGGAGCCCUCAUGUCCAGUCAGAGACACUGGCAGAACAGGGUGUACUCGCAGGGAGAGCACAGCAGGACUCCUCCAUCUCCAGAGGGCAGUCCGGUGGUGUUUGUGGACAGAUACCUGGAGAAGCACAUCACUCCAGUCACUCUAAAGUCCAACAUUAAGAGGAAUCCUUUAUACAUAGACAGAAAAUUGAUGGACACAGAGGACAUUGCGAAGUUCAAGCCUUCCUGGACUGUCAAUGAGUAUGAUACACAAACCGCCCACGGCAACCUGGCAGAUUAUUUAAAGAAAACAGCAAAAGAUCUGGACUUCUGGCUUGAGGACCUCUAUACUCCAGGAUUUGAUUCUUUACUAAAGAGGAAAGAAGCGGAAGACAGAAGAAAAAAUGUUCAUGACCGCUGGGGGGGCGAAAAAGAUGAGAACAAUCACAUCACCGUUGAGAUAAAUUCACCAUCUGAAGGGAGGGACAGGAUAGUUUCAACAAAGGAAGUAGAUGAGGAAAAUUAG